UUCCAGGAGCUGGUGGUGAUGGGGGCUCCGGGGUCCUACUACUGGACCGGGACUAUCAAAGUGUACAACCUGACAUCCGACUCCUUCUACAGCCCCAACACAGACAACAUCGACUCCCACAGAUACAGCUACCUGGGAUACGCUGUGACUGCAGGACACUUCUCCUCUCCUAACGUGAUAGACGUCGCUGCAGGAGCGCCUCAGCACAGCGGCAGUGGGAAGGUUUACAUCUUUAAAAUCGAUGGCUCGUCUUUGGUGAAGAGUUUUCAGGCCUCAGGGAACAUGAUGGGCUCUUACUUUGGCUCCUCAUUGUGUGCAGUUGAUCUGAACCAGGACGGCCUGUCGGACCUGCUGGUGGGAGCUCCCAUGCACAGCCAGCUGCGGGACGAAGGCCAGGUGUCUGUGUACCUCAGCAGGGGCAACGGUGUGAUGGAGGAGGGCGGUGUUCUGAGCGGUGACAAUGCUUUUAAUGCACACUUUGGAGAAUGCAUCACGGCGAUAGGAGACAUAGACGACGACGGAUAUCCAGAUGUCGCCAUAGGAGCGCCGAAAGAAGACGAGUAUGCAGGAGCUGUUUACAUCUACCACGGGGAUGAAGCAGGGAUCAUCAGCAAAUACUCCAUGAAACUGUCUGGGCGCAGCAUCAGUCCUGGUCUGCAGAUGUUUGGCCAGUCCAUCUCAGGCGAGGUGGACAUGGAUGGCAAUGGAUACACAGACGUCACAAUAGGAGCCUUCAUGUCGGACAGCGUGGUGCUGCUGAGGACUCGGCCUGUCAUUACGGUGGAUGUCUCCAUCUUCCUGCCCGUCUCCAUCAACAUUACCGUGCCGCAGUGCCACGAGGGCCAGCACCACCAGAACUGCUUCAACGUCACCGUGUGCAUGCGCUUCAGGGGGAAACAACUCCCCGGGCAGAUCGAUCUGCUGUAUAACCUGACAGCUGAUGUGGAUAAGCGUCUGAAGAGCCAGCCUUCCAGGAUCUACUUCUCCCACGGUGGAUCUCAGAUCAGCCAGCUGAGCCAGCAGCUCAGCCUGGACAUCAACAGGGAGGAGUGCCAGCGCUUCACCGCCUACGUGAAGAAAGACGUGAAGGAGGUGUUCACGCCCAUCACGUUCGAGGUGACGUACAGCCUGGGGAAGCAUGUGCUGAACGGACACCAGGACCGAGACCUGCCCGCCCUCACGCCGGUGUUACGGUGGAGGAAAGGAAACAAGAUCGCAGUGAGGAAUGAGACCUGGUUCGAGAAGAACUGCCUGUCGGACGACUGCGCCGCGGACCUGAGGCUUCACGGGAAGCUCCUGCUCUCCGGGCUGCACACCGGUCACCAUCUGGCCCUGGGAGGAGUGAAGAACGUCUCUCUGAACCUGACCAUCUCUAACGCCGGAGACGACGCCUACGACACCAACAUCUACCUCAACUUCUCCAGAGAAGUGUUCUACAUCAACUUCUGGCAGAGGGAAGAGAAGGGCAUUUCCUGUGGACUUGUUGAUUUGGACUUCCUUAAAUGCAGCGUGGGAUUUCCCUUCAUGAGAGCUCAGACUAAGUAUCAUUUUGCAGUGAUCUUUGAUACCAGUCAGCUGUCUGGGGAAAACGACACAUUGCAGUUCUUAGUCCACGCCAAAAGCGCCAACCCCGAACACAAGCUCUCUGACAACACUCUGGAUCUGUCCAUCCCUCUGGUUCAUGAGACCGACACGACCAUCACAGGCGUGGUGACGCCGAGCUCCUUCGUGUAUGGAAACUCCAUCGAUGCUUCACGCUUCGUCCAGCUGGAGGACAUGGAGUGUGGCUUCCAGCCUCUCAACCUCACAUUCCAGGCCAUAAACAAGGGGCCCAGCAGGCUGCCUGGCUCCACCGUGGACAUCAGGAUACCCAACCGUCUGGCUGGCAGCGGAGCCGACAUGUUCCACGUCAUUGAGACACAGGUGGCGGACGGUCGAGGGAACUGCACCCCUCACAAGAACCCGACACCCUGCACCAUCCCCCAGGACCGGGAGAGCAUCUUCCACACCAUAUUCGCCUUCUUCACCAAAUCAGGACGCAAAGUCUUGGACUGUGACCGGCCCGGGAGAGCGUGUAUGACCAUCUCCUGCAGUCUUGGUCCACAAUUAAAAGAAGAAGCUUUAAGCAUAGAUAUCAAACUUCUCCUCAACACUGAGAUUCUUAAAAGGGACAGUUCCUCUGUGAUCCAGUUUGUGACGAGGGGCAGCGUGCAAGUCAGCGACAGAGCAGUGGAGGUGCCAAACGGCCUGCCAGAGGACCUCUCUCUGGUGUUCGAGGCGCUCCACAGCCAGGAGCCGAGGGGUUACAUCGUGGGCUGGAUCAUUGCCAUCAGUCUGCUGGUGGGGAUCCUCAUCUUUCUGCUGUUAGCCGUGCUGCUCUGGAAGAUGGGAUUCUUCCGUCGGCGCUACAGAGAGAUCAUCGAGGCCGAGAAGAACAGGAAGGACAGCGAGGAGAGCUGGGACUGGAUGGAAAAGAACCACUGAGACCGGCUCUGUGGGGUCCCAGAGGAGCCGAUGAGAUUAGGGAUUGGGUCGGGAAGGAUCCAAUGGCACGUGGUCUCGCAGCCCAGCUGCCAAAGUGGCACCAGGCCCUUCAGCCUUCCAUAUGUGGAAGAGGAGAAUAUCCUCCAUAUUUUUUGGAGACUUGAUGUAUUUUUUUGUGGGAGGGGGUCCAGGAAACUUCUGAGGUGACGGCUCGGCUUGCCAGAGGACACUUAAUCUCAACGGAGGGAACUCCCAGCCGGCCGAGCGGAGCCGUUGACGGAGACCCACAUCCGUACGGGGAAGUGGAGACGGCAUGAAUACUGGUGGACAACAAAACCCUCAGGGCUGUGUUACAUAGCAGAUUUAUUUUUAUACAUACACUUUAAGCCAUAUAGUGUCAAACUGGGCUUCCAGAGGAGUGGGGGGUUUGAAGGCCUUUAUCAACAUACUGUAUCUGCAGUGUGUGAUCCUAAAAGCACUGAUGUUUGAUAAGAAUGAAUGCUUUGGCUCCAUAGCUUUACUUUUUAUGCCAAAGAAAUGUCCUGUAGAGGAAAUGAUGGAGUCGUUUGUAUAUUCAGUUCUUCCCCAGAGUGAAAGAUUGUAUCUUUUCUUUACUAUCCCCGGCUAAUGGAUAUCUAUUAUACACACCGAGUCCUGCUCCCCCACGGAUCAUCAGCCAGGGAGGAUUCUCAGUCUGAGAUCUGUGUUUUAAAAUGAUUCAACUUUGAGUCAGAGGUGCUGAACACUCUCUGAGGUGACUUCACUAAAAACUGAAAUUCAAGCAUUCCUUUGUCAGGAUCGGGCUCCAGACUUUCAUACUGGGUGUAAAGCUUUGUUAUGUUUCAGUGGAGUCUGUCCCCUCUGCCCUCUUUCUCUCACAUUAGAGGGAAACGUGUUGUAGAGGAAAUGAAGUGAAGCUGCUUUAGCGAGGAGCUAAUGCUCAGGAAUGCUGCUGACUUUCAGGAUCCCCCCAAGAAAAGAUCCCAGAUGGAAGGGAGGACAGUUAACCCUGAGAGGACGGGACUCAGGGUCCAUGAAGACCCGACCCCUGAUCAUGAUCUAUCACACCACCCUCUGCAGACUUCACCCACGCUGCCCGUGUUUCAUUUUACUGGGAUGUUAUUAGGCGUUGGGUUUACGCGGGAAACACGAUCUACGCUCCUCUACCCGGCCAGAUGAAAGUCAGCGAUGGGAGUCCACCUUCAGUCCUUUACGGGGGGGGGGGGUGAGUAAUGCCCUAAGAAUAGGUGGGAAUGUGCUGCGCUCAAUCACUGCACAUAAAGCAGCUCUUUGGGGCUCCUGGGGAAAGCUUAUUUUAAGUCAACAUGGAGGAAUGCAAGCGCCAUUAAAACCUGCCACUAUUAAAGAUUGCAGCUUUAACUCAGUCUCAAGGUCCUUAGAGCCGGACCGGACUCUGAGGCAGACUCAGUCAUUUCUAUUAGACGUCCCUGAAGUAGUAAAAGAUGUCACUAUUACAGCCUUUUGAAGAGCUUUAUUACUAAUGAAUGCAGAAAUGAUGCUUUUAAAGAUUUAAAGAGAAGUUGGAUGAUAAAUAAUUGCAUUAGAAAAGAAUUCAGUGCAAGAAUGUAAGUCUGCACCCAGGAGGAUUCUGGGUAAUUAUGCAGUAAAUCACAGUUUGAUUAAAAAGUGCAAUGCCAAAAAAACAAACUACACUCUG